CGCCAUGUUGCCAGAGCGGGCUGGGGGGUGGCGGUGAGUGCUCGGUUUCGGGUUCCCUCCUCCCCCGGCCCGGGGGGCCGCGGUCGAGCAGGGCCUCCCUCGGCACCAUGAGUGGAGGCGGCGGGCGGGUGUGCGACCUGUCCCGGCGCAACCCUCAGGAGGACUUCGAGCUCAUCCAGCGCAUCGGCAGCGGCACCUACGGCGACGUCUACAAGGCUCGAAAUGUGAACACGGGUGAGCUGGCGGCAAUUAAAGUAAUAAAACUAGAACCAGGAGAAGAUUUUGCUGUUGUACAGCAGGAAAUCAUUAUGAUGAAAGACUGUAAACAUCCAAACAUUGUUGCUUAUUUUGGCAGCUAUCUCAGACGAGACAAGCUAUGGAUUUGCAUGGAGUUUUGUGGAGGUGGCUCUCUACAGGAUAUUUAUCAUGUGACUGGACCACUUUCAGAACAGCAGAUUGCCUAUGUUAGCAGAGAAACACUACAGGGACUAUAUUACCUUCACAGUAAAGGAAAAAUGCACAGAGAUAUAAAGGGAGCAAACAUCCUUUUAACGGAUAAUGGACAUGUAAAAUUAGCUGAUUUUGGAGUAUCUGCACAGAUAACAGCUACAAUUGCCAAAAGGAAAUCAUUCAUUGGCACCCCAUACUGGAUGGCGCCAGAAGUUGCAGCAGUAGAAAGAAAAGGUGGCUAUAACCAGCUCUGUGACCUGUGGGCAGUUGGAAUAACUGCUAUAGAGCUUGCUGAGCUUCAACCUCCAAUGUUUGACCUACAUCCAAUGAGAGCACUUUUUCUAAUGACAAAAAGCAACUUCCAGCCUCCUAAAUUAAAGGACAAAAUGAAAUGGUCCAAUAGUUUCCAUCAUUUUGUGAAAAUGGCACUUACAAAAAAUCCUAAAAAAAGACCUACAGCUGAAAAGUUACUACAGCAUCCUUUUGUUACCCAGCCAUUAAAUCGGAGUCUUGCUAUUGAACUUUUGGAUAAAAUGAAUAAUCCUGAUCAUUCCACUUACCAUGAUUUUGAUGACGAUGAUCCUGAGCCUCUUGUAGUGCCUCAUAGAAUUCACUCAACAAGUAGAAAUGUGAGAGAAGAGAAGACACGCUCUGAAAUAAACUUUGGUCAAGUAAAAUUUGAUCCACCCUUGAGGAAAGAGACAGAGCCACAUCAUGAAUUUGAUCUACAGCUAGAAUAUGGUCAUGGUCCUCAGUGUGACUACUUCUUGGGUGGAAAUAAGAGUCUCUUAAAAUCAGUUGAAGAAGAACUGCAUCAACGGGGACAUGUGGCACAUUUAGAAGAUGAUGAUGAUGCAGAUGAUGAUGCUAAACAUGCUACUAUGAAACCUAAAGUGCCACCUCCUUUACCACCAAAGCCUAAAUCCAUCUUUAUCCCCCAAGAAACUCAGUCUUCUGAAAACGAUAACCAGGGAACAAUCAAGAGAUGCCCAACAUCAGAAAGUCCAGCAAAAUCUGCAUCUCAAGUUCCACCCAGGCCACCACCUCCUCGGUUACCUCCACAGAAAUCUAAUGUUUUAGGUAAUGGAGUCAGUUACGUACAAUUAAAUGGUGAACGAGAGGGAUCACCUCAUCAACAGAAUGAAGUUAGAGACACUAAUUUUUCAAGGAGAGAAAAGAAGGAAAUACUGAAACCAAUUAGUAAUGGCCUUCCUCCCACACCUAAAGUACACAUGGGUGCUUGCUUUUCAAAGGUUUUCAAUGGCUGUCCAUUAAAAAUACAUUGUGCAACUUCAUGGAUAAAUCCAGAUACAAGAGAUCAAUACUUGAUAUUUGGUGCAGAAGAAGGCAUUUACACACUGAACCUCAACGAACUUCAUGAAACAUCAAUGGAGCAGCUAUUUCCUCGAAGGUGUACGUGGUUAUAUGUCAUGAACAAUUGCUUGUUAUCAAUAUCUGGUAAAGCUUCUCAGCUCUAUUCCCAUAAUCUACCAGGACUGUUCGAUUAUGCAAGGCAAAUGCAGAAGUUACCUGUUGCUAUCCCAGCACACAAACUUCCUGACAGAAUACUUCCAAGGAAGUUUGCAGUGUCUACAAAAAUUCCUGAUACUAAAUGGUGUCAGAAAUGUUGCGUUGUGAGGAAUCCCUACACGGGCCACAAGUACCUAUGUGGAGCACUACAGUCUAGCAUUGUUUUGUUAGAAUGGGUUGAACCAAUGCAAAAAUUUAUGUUAAUCAAGCACAUAGAUUUUCCUGUACCUUGUCCACUGAGAUUGUUUGAAAUGCUGGUAGUCCCUGAGCAGGAAUUCCCUUUAGUUUGUGUUGGUGUCAGUAGAGGAAGAGACUUCAACCAGGUGGUGAAGUUUGAGACUGUCAACCCAAAUUCUACCUCUUCGUGGUUUACAGAAACAGACACUACAGAGACAAGUGUUGUACAUGUAACACAGCUGGAGAGAGAUACCAUUUUGGUGUGUUUGGAUUGCUGCAUAAAAAUAGUGAAUCUGCAAGGCAGGUUAAAAUCCAGCCGCAAACUGUCGUCUGAGCUCACAUUUGACUUUCAGAUUGAAUCAAUAGUCUGUCUACAAGACAGUGUGUUAGCCUUCUGGAAACAUGGUAUGCAAGGAAGGAGUUUUAGAUCAAAUGAGAUCACGCAAGAAAUUUCGGAUAAUACAAGGAUAUUCAGGCUUCUGGGAUCUGACAGGGUUGUGGUGCUGGAGAGUAGGCCGACAGAUAACCCAACAGCCAACAGCAAUUUAUAUAUCCUGGCAGGGCAUGAGAACAGUUACUGAGAAAGAGGGCAUGGCAAGGCAGCUCGCCAUGACAAGAGAACACUCCUGCUGCAGCAGCAUCCAUGGCUGGUUGAAAUUGCACAGAAGCUGCAGUAACCCCACUUCAGUUACUUCAUAAUUUAUUGUGGCAUGAAAGGAAGACAAGAAUUGUUUGUGGUAUGGACACAUGAGCAUUAUGAUACCACAGAAGUGCUUAAUUUACUGUUAUGUAAUCUUUGUACAUAUGCAGUAUUUUUCAGUGAAACUUACUAGUGAAGACCUACACUGACUUCCUGUAGAUAGCGGCCCCCCUGUUAAGUACAAGUGUCUUACCUGUACAGAUGUAAAAGUCACUGAGGAUGCAAAAAUGAAAUCGGGGUACUAUUUUAAGGACUUCUCAUGUGUUUAUUAUAAAGUGGGAUGCUAGCAACAAAUAUAGUACAUUUAACAACACUAUUGUAUUUUAUUAUAUGUAAUUUACUAAUACAAAUAAAUCUUAACUUUUAGAAAUUGUAACCAAGGCUGUAAUCAAAUUACAAUCUUGUUUUAAUUUUGAUGCAACACACUGGUGUUCAUGUUUGCACAAUGUAUUGAGAUGUGAUGUAUUUAGUCACAAAGGUAAGCUGUGACUUUGUGGAUAUGACUUGGGCUUCAGAGUUCCUUUUUUAGUUUACUUGGGUAGUUUUCUUUGUGAAACAAACCAGUUAAACACCUGUAUUUUUAUAUUUAAUUAAAACUCUCCUUAUGAUUAUUGCUCUAUGCUUGAAAACAAUACUUUCUGGAUGGGUGUCAGUCCCAGAAUAGUGGUACCUGGCUGUAACACUGCAAUAGGUGUUUGAAUUACUAGUGUAUACAAUGAUAAACAUUAGUAUUACUGUUCCUUUUACUAAAUAGAUUCAUAUCAUAAUGAAAAGGAGCAACAUUCCACAUUGUGGAAAUGGCUCAAAGAUGUUGCCAUUCUUGACUUUUGGGGGUUUUUUUGGCCUUAUAACCAUUUUCACACCUUUCUUGAUUUUUAGGAUGUUAACACAUGGCCAAAAUAAUUUAGUUACUACCUCAUUGAAACAAUACAAUGGUUACUACGCAUCACAGGAACUUAGUUUUGAUCAGAAGUAUUUUUGAUUGCUGGUUUCCAAUGGAAUAUGUAAAUGCCAAGUUUUAGCAAAAUGCACACAUUUGACUCCUUUUUUUGUAUAUGUUCUUUAUAUUUUAUUGUGAUAAUAUACACUAAAAUCAAACUAAAUUUAAAUUUAUGGCCUGCAUUAUUGUUGUGAUUAGUAAUUGAAAUAUGUUCCCUAAUGUAUAUAAUGUAAAAUAAACUUUUUUUAACA